UACCCUCCAAGGGAACACUAUGUUGACUACUCUUUCCUGGAAAUGGGAGAGGUCUUCCUUAUUAACUCAUCCUAAAACAUAUUUUUAUUUACUUGUUCUGACAGUUUUUAUAUAGUUGUUUGUUUUUUCUUAGCGUGAAAGAGACCAGAUGUUCCACUAUCCUUGUUAUAUUUUGUCUCCAAUUGCAAAAAUAUUCCUUUUAUUUCACUGUGAUACUAUGAGAAGGCUAUGUAACAGGCAUCAACAUAAAGCAGGAUUCUCAAUGGUAAAUCCUAGGGCACAUAAAUGGCUAGGAGCCCUGGUGGCGCAGAGCUACAGCUGCUAACCAAAAGGUCAGCAAAUUGAAUCCAUGAGCCAUUCUUUGGAAAACCUAUGGGGCAGUUCUACUGUCAUACAGGGCCUCUAUGAGUUGGAAUCAACUCGAUAACAGGUUUAGUUUUUUUGGUAUAAUUUACCAAGCAUGAUAUCCUUCUCCAGGAACUGGUCCCUCCUGAUAACAUGUCCAAAGCAGGUAUUAACUUUUAAGUCUGAGGAGCUCUGCUUUGUAAGUUUUCUUCAAGUGCUAACCGCCCUACAAUACCUUUUUUGGUUUCACAGGAGUCCUUCAGUCAUUUACAUCUCAUUCUCCCUUAAGCUCCUUCAGUUGCUUCAGACAGAAAUAUUUUAUUUGAAUUUCAUCAGGUAAAAAAGAGCUAUACUGUCAAUUGCCAGGAUUCCUUAGCCCUGACCCUGGAAAAGGUAGUCCCAUGGCCAGAUUUUCAACAUUCUGAGGUAUCACCUGUACUCUGUCUGCCAUCUGCCUCUGUUUAUAAUAUUCCUAAAAAAGAAGAUCAGAAAAAAUCAUCAAGAGAAUGGGACCUAUGAAUCUAGAAUUAGAGAAAGUUUACCCAGAAAUAGCACCUUCUCUCAGUCCAGUUUUGAGAUUUCGAAUGUAUUCUUCUUUUGCAAUCCAAAUGUCCAUAUGGUGGUAAUGAGCUGGUUUAAUUAUGAAAUAAAAAGACCCAAAAGGGGCAGUGACUAAGGAAAUGAAGAUAGGUGCUUUAGAACAAUAAUCUAAGGGCAGAAAACAAGCUCUUUGUUACAUAGGAAUUGGAAACUGUGCCUUUGUGGAAGUUGUAGAGAAAGUCCUUGCAAAAUUAUUCACAUAACCCCCCUUGCCGUUGGUCAGAUGUAAAAUGAGUAGCUGUUGUAAGUCUUAGGUAGAAAAUUACUAUCAUAUCCUGUAAAAGUUUUUGGUAAGCAAAAGGAGAUUAUCAGCCUGCCUCAGUGGAGACAGAAGGUUGGCCUAUGAAUACAAAUACAAACAAAAUCAAAGGAGGUUUCUUUAGUUAUCAUUAUAAACAGUUAUUGAUAUAUCUCUAGGCACCAUUGUCAACAUCAUCAAUUUUUGAGGUAUCUAUAUUAUGAUAUUUUUAUUAAAAUAAUGCACGCCUUCUCCAUUUGUUUGCCUGCCUGGCCCACCACACCUCAGAGCCAUCCUCUAAAGCAUGCUAUGCUAAUUUUUCUUAGCAGCAACAUGUAAAAAAAAAACUGGCAUAGCAGGGCCUAUGGUGGGGGAGGGUUCAGUCUGCAAACAAGUGGUGGGCAUUAUUUGUCUAAAAAUAUUGUAGAUACCUAAAGGGAUUAAAAUUAAAAAGCCAGCAGAGUACUUCCAUUUAAAUAGAGAUAAGCAUAUAGAUAACACUUUAAGAAACAGACCUAUCCACCUGGUUAUAUAGAAAUUCAUAUAUCAGGGUGUUAAUGGCAGAGCCAGUAAAUGAAUUAUUCAUGUGAUCAAUCAAUAAGUAUUCUGGGUAAGACAGAAAAUUGCCGCAUUCCACUCAGGGCUUAGGAGUCUCUGGGUGGUGCAAACGGUUUUCAAAAUUGGAUUCUACUGAAAGGUUGGAGGGUCAAGUCUACCCUCCAAGAAAGGCCUGGCAAUCUACUUCCAAAAUAAUCAGCCACUUAAAACCCUAUGGAGCACACUUCUACGCUGAUAUGCAUGGGGCCUCCGUGAGUUGGAAUCUAGUAUUCGAAUCUUAGUCACCUCCAAAAUGUUAUACUACAAUUGAACAUAUUCAUACAUGUAACCACCACUUGUCUGUCACUUAUUUUACCGUGGAGGCUUAUGGGUUGUUGUGAUGCUGGAACCUAUGCCACCAGUAUUUCAAAUACCAGCAGGGUCACACAUGGUGGACAGGUUUUAGUGGAGCUUCCAGACUAAGACAAACUAGGAAAAAGGACCUGGCUAUCUACUUCUAAAAAAAAUGGUCAGUAAAAAUCUUAUGAAUAGCAGUGGAACAUUGUCUGAUAUAGUGCUGGAAGAUGAGCCCCUCUGGUUGGAAGGCACUCAAAAUAUGACUCGGAAAGAGUUGCCUCCUCAAAGUAGAGUUGACCUUAAUGAUGUGGAUAGAGUAAAGCAUUCGACCUUCAUUUGCUAAUGUGGCAUGACUCAAAAUGAAAAGAAACAGCUACAAAUACCCAUUAAUAAUCAGAACAUGGAAUGUCCGAAGUAUGAAUCUAGAAAAAUUGAAAGUCGUCAGAAGUGAAACUGGACACGUAAAGACAGAUAUCCCAAGCAUUAGUGAGCUGAAAUAGACUGGUAUUGGCCAUUUUGAAUCAGUCAUAUGGUGUACUAUGCUGGAAAUGACAAAUUGAAGAGGAAUGGCAUCACAUUUAUUGUCAAAAAGAACAUUUCAGGAUCUAUCCUGAAGUACAGUGCUGUGAUAGGAUAAUAUCCAUACUCCUACAAGGAAGACCAGUUAAUACAACUAUUACUAUAAAUUUACAUAUCAAUCACUAAUACCAAAGAUGAAGAAACUGAAGAUUUUUACCAACUUCUGCAGUCUGAAAUUGAUCAAACAUGAAUCAAGAUGCAUUGAUAAUCACUGCUGAUUAGAGUGCAAAAGUUGGAAACAAAGAAAAGUAUCACUAGCUGGAAAAUGUAGCCUUGGUGAUAGAAAGGAUGCUAGAGACCACAUGAUAGAAUUUUCCAAGACCGAUUGAUUAUUCAUUGGAAAUAUCUUUUUUCAACAACAUAAACUGUGAGUAUACAUGUAGACCUCACUGAAUAGAAUAUGCAGGAAUCAAACUGACUACAUCUGUGGAAAGAGUUGGUGGAGAAACUCAAUAUUAUCAGUCAGAAUAAGGCCAGGGGCUGACUAUGGAACAGACCCUCAAUUGCUCACAUACGUGUUCAAGUUGAAGCUGAACAAAAUUAAAACAAGCCCAUGAGAGCCAAAGUACAACCUUGAGUAUAUCCCACCUGAAUUUAGAGGCCAUCUCAAGAAUAGAUAUGAGGCAUUGAUCACUAAUGACCAAAGACCAGCGGAGUUGUGGGAUGACACUAAGGACAUCAUAUAUGAAGAAAGUAAACAAAAACAAACCAAACCUGUUGCGGUCAAAUUGAUUCUGACUCAUAACUACCCUAUGGGACACAGUAGAACUGCCCCAUAGAGUUUCCAAGGAACAACUGGUAGAUUUGAACUGCUGACCUUUGGGUUAGCAGAUGUAGCUCUUAACCACUACACCACCGAGAUUUCUGAAAGUAAGAGGUCAUUAAAAAGACAAGAAAGAAAGAAAGACCAAAUUGGGUGUCAGAAGAGACUAAAAGUUGCUCUUGAACGUCGAGUAGUAAAAGCAAAAGGAAGAAAUGAUGAAGUAAAAGAGAUGAACAGAAGAUUUCAAAGGGUGGCUCGAGAAGAAAAAGUAAAGAAUUGUAAUGAAAUAUGAAAAAGACCUGGAGUUAGAAAUCAAAAGGGAAGAACACACUUGGCAUUUCUCCAGCUGAAAGAACUAAAGAAAAAAUUCAAGCCUUAGGUUGCAAUAGUGAAGGAUUCUAUGGGCAAAAAACUGAAUGAUGCAGGAAGCAACAAAAGAAGAUGGAAGGACUACACAGAGUUACAGUACCAAAAAGAACUGGUCGAUGUUCAUAUGAUCAAGAACUGAUGACUGCACUGAAGGCAUUGGCAAAAAAUGAAGCUCCAGGAACUAACAGAAUACCAACUGAGAUGUUUCAACAAAUGGAUGCAACAUUGGAGGCGCUCACUUGUCUAUGCCAAGAAAUUUGGAAGACAGCUACCUGACCAACUGACUGGAAGAGAUCCAUAUUUGUAUCCAUUCCAAAGAAAGGUGAUACAACAGAAUUCAGAAAUUAUCAAACAAUAUCCUUAGUAUCACAUGCAAGUAAAAUUUUGCUGAAGAUAAUUACAAAAUGGUUGCAGCAGUAUAUCAACAGGGAACUGCCAGAAAUUCAGGAUGGAUUCAGAAGAAGACUUAGAAGGAGGGGUAUCAUUGCUGAUGCCAGACGGAUCUUGGCUGAAAGCAGAGACCAGGAAGAUGUUUACCUGUGUUUUAUUGACUAUGCAAAGGCAUUGGACUCUGUGGAUUUUAACAACUUAUGGAUAACAUUACAAAGAAUGGGAAUUCCAGAACACUUAAUUGUGUUCAUGAGGACCCUGUACAUAGACCAACAGGCGCAGUCAUUGGAGUAGAACAAGAGGAUACUGCAUGGUAUAAAAUGGAAAGAUGUGCAUCAGGGGAUAUCCUUCACCAUACUUACUCAAUCUGUAUGCUGAGCAAAUAAUCCUAGAAGGUGGACUAUAUGAAGAAGAAUGCAGCAUCAGGAUUGGAAGAAGACUUAUUAAAAACCUCUGAUAUGAAGGUGACACAACCUUGCUUGGUGAAAGUUAAGAAGACUUGAACCACUUACUGAUGAAGAUCAAAGAUCACAGCUUUUAGUAUGGAAUACAUCUCAACAUAAAAUAAACAAUAAUCCUCACAACUGGACCAAUAAGAAACUUGAUAAUCAACAGAAAAGAAUGAAGUUGUCAAGGAUUUCAUUUUACUUGGAUCCACAAUCAACACCCACGGAAGCAGCAGUCAAGGAAUCAAAAGACUUAUUGCAUUGGGUAAAUCUGUUCCAUAAGACCCCUUUUAAGUGUUAAAGAGCAAAGAUGUCACUUUGAGGACUAAGGUGCACCUGACCCAAGCCUUGGUAUUUUCAAUCACCUCAUUUGCAUGGGAAAGCUGGACAAUGAAUAAGGGAGACCAAAGAAGAAUUGAUCCCUUUGAGUUACAGUGUUGGUGAAGAAUAUUGAAUAUACCAUGGACUUCCAGAAGAAUGAACACAUCUGUCUUAGAAAUACAGCCAAAAUGCUCCUUAGAAGCAAGGGUGGCAAGAUUUUCUGUCAUAUACUUUGGGCAUGUUAUCAGGAGGGACCAGGACCUAGAGAAAGACAUCAUGCUUGGUAAAGUAAAGGGUGAGUAAAAAACAGGAAGACUGGCAACGAGAUGGAUUGACACAGUGGCUGCAACAAAGGGCUGAAACGUAGCAAUGAUUGUGAGGCUGGUGCAGGACCUCCAUGCUUCUUCUAACAUCCUUUAUUGUUGUAGAGAUUCUGGCUCACAGAGCCUUCUGGUGAGGCAACCUUGGAAAACAUGAAAGCUUAGUGGAAAGGCAGAGACUUGGCUUUCAAUACUAGAGGAUGGCCGGUGGCAGAGGAACCACAGUGGUGGGGUGGGCUGGGGUGUAAUAGAUGUCAAGGAUAGGCUGCAUAGAGCAGGGAAUGUGUGGGCCUAUUUAAGAGAUUUCUCUUCUUGCUAUUUCUCUAUAUUCUUCAUAUCCCUUCUGCCACUGCUUAAAUAUAAACUGGGGCCCCUCAAAGGUAUAUUUGAAAGUACAUGGUCUUUGGAGUCAGACACACCUAGGCACAAAUCCUUAUUUAUCGCCUGCUCAGCAUGUAAUUUUGGGAAAUCCACUUAAAAUUUUGAGACUCGAUUUCCUCAUCUGUAUAAUGAUGAUUUUUAAAUAAGAGUCAAGGCUGUUGGAAGGAUAAAAACGUAUGUAGUCUGCAGAACAUAACCACUGCUCGAUAAAUGGUAGACAUGAUUACUGAAGCAUUUUUGAACAUUUUUCCCUUUCUUUCAUAUCAGUGAAUUACAAACUUUGUUAGACAAUAUCUACUUUAUCUUUAAUUUCCAGGUCAAAAUAGCUCUAUGACUUUGAAAAACGCCCUUAAUCUUUAUGUGAUUCAAUUUCUUCACACGUGAAAUAACAGGGAUAAUAUCCUGAAUAACCCUACAGCUCUGCAAGGGCAUAACACUCAUAGAAUGCUAUCCAUUUUGUUCUCAAUCAUAAUGAAGGCAAAGUACAGGCAAGCAUACACAUCAAUAUGCUUCAUAACGCAGCCUAGAUCAGUCAUCAGGAGCCUUAAGACUUAAACUACUUCUCCGCUUAUGUUAACUGAGUGAUCUUGAGCAAGUCACUUAACUAUUUUAUUCCUCAGUUUCUUCAUUUCCUGGACUUCCUCCUAUUUCCAAUACGCAAUUUAAUAUUCCCUUUAUAGAGGAAAUCUUCUGUCCUCAAAAUUAUAUUACCUUAUCUAUCAAUGGUGCUCUACUUUCCAAAUGUAAUAAAUAGUUUUAAUAAAAAUAUUAAAUUGUUUUACUGCAAGCUGGCAAAACACCAGUGCUCUAUUCUUUCAUCUCAAUCAAACAAAAAAUGUUUCUACAGUGUCAUUUUUCCUUUAUUUAUAGAGCUAUAAAAUUAUUAUAACAAAUGUUCACUAGAAAUUUGAGGUAUUGCCAUAAACAAUUAAAUGUUAUUAAAACUAUUAAUACAAAGCAGAUAUCAUGACAUAUUCAUUGAUCAGUGCACCCUCAGCAUUAACUUGAUGAUUUCCACUCUUCACGAGUGAACCUAAAGGUUCAUGACGUAUAGAACCUGCACAAACAUUUCUGUAUUCAUGAUUUUAAGGAGCCAUGAAGGUUUUGGAACAUUUCCCUUCCAGUGUUAAGGGUCUACUGUACUUAAAAGGAAAAAUAUCAUUUAAUCAAUGUUUUUCAUUUAAUAAAAAGAUAGAGAUUGAAGCAGACAGUCAAUGGCAUCUUAAUGCUGAGAUUCUAGGAUUUUUUUGUGUUCCUUGAAAAGGGCAGUGGCUAUUAAAAAUGGCAGCUUUGGAAACAGCUGCAAGAAACAUAACUAGUGUGGAUCAAAGGCUUUGUCCCCAGAUGCUGAAUUACAAAUACUGUAAGAUAUUUUUAAUACAAUUUUUUUAUAAUGUAUUAAUUUUAAAAGCUUCUUUCCCCUUUGGCAAAUGUUUCCCCACUACUGUUCACUCUGGGGGUGAGCUUAUGCCAGAACUUGGGAUCUGACAGCUGGCGAAAAUAAAGGGAGACAGUUUCAGUCAAGGGCAGGAGGUGCCCAGUCCAGGGAAGCCUUUGUAUACAAGGCGGCACCCCUUACCUACCCUCUCCACUGCUUCUUACUGUAAUGCUACUUGAUCUUUACGACAAAAUUUCCAGGCAGAUUCUACUCAAAAUUUUAUUUUUCUGAUUAAAACCAUCACUUAAAUAUUUAUCACUUUAUCCCAUCGAUAAUUGAGCAGUUAGAAAUUUUAAUAAUGAAAAUUGUACCCCAAGUAAGAGCAACUACUUAAAGAGUGAAGAAAAUCUUAAUGUGUUUUAUUACUGUGUGGAUUAGUUCAAUCAUCAGAAAGAUCCAGAGAAAGCUUGAUCCCUGUAUUAUAUGCAAAACUGAUUUUACCAUCAUUUUCAAGUAUGCGGAAAGCACUUUUCUAUAAAGAAUGUAGAUGUACAAAGAAAUAGAACCUAGUGACAUAAUUUAGUAUUUUAUAACGUAGUGGUUAAGUGCUAUGGCUGCUAACCAAAGGGUCGGCAGUUCAAAUCCGCCAGGCGCUCCUUGGGGCAGUUCUGCUCUGUCCUGUAGGGUCGCUAUGAGUCGGAAUCGACUCGACGGCACUGGGUUGGUUUUUUGGGUUUUUUUUAACUUUAUAAUAAAUAUAUUUUCUAAUAAUAAAUAUUUCAGAGCUCCAAGGAAGAGUUUGUCAGCUUUUAAGGAAAUCAUUUCAAUAAGUUUUUCACAAUAUGAUUAUAGGAUUGUUGUUUUUAGGUGCUGUCGAGUUGGUUCUGACUCAUAGUUACGCUAUGUACAACAGUACGAAACACUGCCUGCUCCUGCGCCAUACUCACAGUCAUUGUUAUGCUCGAGCUCACUGCUGCAGCCACUGUGUCAAUCCGCCUUGCUGAGGGUCUUCCUCUUUUCCUCUGAUCCCUUACUCUGCCAAGCAUGAUGUCCUUCCCCAGGGACUGAUCCCUCCUGACAACACAUCCAAAGUAUGUAAGACGCAGUCUUGCCAUCCUUGCUUCUAAGGAGCAUUCUGGUUGUAUUGACUGACUAGAACAAAGGAAAUGUCACAAUGGUGGGGGACUGGGAGGGAACCUAACUACCUGAGUAGGAACCAGGAGACAAACUUUGUAGUAAAAUAGAAAUAACAACCAGAUGGAAAGUGCCCCUGUCUUUUCUGGACCUGACUCAGCUGCUCAAUAUCUCUGUGACUUUGAGCAAGUGACUUGUGGCCUCAGGGUGUCAGUGUCUUCAUUUGUAAAAUUCCUACAGCCUUUUUUGUAUCUAGCUGCUGCAAUCUAAUUCUUCAAAGUGAACAAGUGACUAAAAACUUUAAUAAACCAAGACUUGCUUGAAAAGUAUCCAUCAUAUUCUUAAAUGAGUGUCAGGUUCGAAAUAGGAGAGGACAUCAUAAAAUGUAGGCGUAAGAACAUAUUGCAUUGUUUGUUGAUAAAUAAUAGCGGGUGAAAAAGGAGUCGUUUGCUUGCAUAAUUAAUUUUAUUAGGAUUAAGAGUUUCACAUUUAAUUGUAUUAUUAAAACCAAGUAUAAACAUUACAGUGAAGGUCAUUCUUUUAAUGUAAAGACUUAUAUUAAGGUAAAAAAAAAAAAACUGGUGCUGUUGAGUCUACUCUGAUUCAUGGUGACUUCAUGUGUCAGAGUAGAACUGUGCUCUGUAGGGGUUUUGUCUUAGUCAUCUAGUGCUGCAGUAACAGAGAUACUACAAGUGGAUGGCUUUAACAAACAGAAGUUUAUUCUCUCAUAGUCCAAUAGGCUAGAUGUCCAAAUCCAGGGCAUUAGCUCCAGGGGAAGGCUUUCUCUGUCAGCUCUGGAGGAAGGUCCUUGUCAUCAAUCUUCCCCUGGUCGAGGAGCUUCUCUGCGCAGGAACCCUGGGUCCAAAGGAUGCACUCUGCUCCUGGUGCUGCUUUCUUGGUAGUGUGAGGUCCCCAACCCUCUGCUUACUUUCCUUUCCUUUUAUCUAUUGUAAGAUAAAAGGUGGUGCAGGCCACAUCCAAAGGAAACUCCCUUUACACUGAAUCAGGGAUGUGACCUUAGUAAGGGUGUUACAACCUCAUCCUAAUCCUUGUUGACAUAAUCUAAUCUUGCCUCAUUAACCACAGGCAGAGAUUAGGAUUUAUAACACAUAGGUAAAUUACAAUCACAAAAUGGAGGACAACCAUACAAUACUGGGAAUCAGGGCCUAACCAAGUUGAUGCAUAUUUUUGGGGGACACAAUUCAAUUCAUGACAGUUUUCUAUGGCUGGUUUUUUGGAAGUAGGUUGCCAGGAUUUUCUUCUGCGGUGCCUCUGGGUGGACUCGAACUUCCAACAUUUUGAUUAGCACCAGAGCAUGUUAAUGGUUUAUAUUGCCGAGGGAGUAAAUACCAAAUUGGGGCUCUGUGCCCCAAAUCCUGGGGUCCGGAUCAGGAUCUGCAGUGGUUGGUUCUUGCUUUGUUUUGAUGAAAUUUUUUAAGUUACCAUGUUCUGUACCUGCUGUUUCCGCAGUCUUAACUUCUAAAAUCCAAGUCCCUAUCUUCUUUGGACUUGACCUAAAAGAACGUUGCCUUACUGGCCACCUACUGAAUGAUACUGAUAUUUGUGAGGGACUGAUAGUGACCUCUCCAAGCCUCGUUUUUCUUCUCUGUAAAAUGAAAAUAGCUACACCCACUAAGCCGUUGCUCCAUCUUCAGUUUCUUUUUCCUCAGAAAGGUGUUGGACAAGGCAAAGCAUAAAACUCUGAUGGCACUUAGGUUCUUUUCUUUCUCUUGUCCAUUUCUAUGUAAAUCGGGAAAGAAACAUUCAAGACCACAGCAGCAGGUAGUUGCUUUUGUCAGCAAAAGGGCCUCAAUUAGGAGACCUCAAUUGGUGCCUUUGGGUGUAUCCCCUGGCUUCUGAUAUUGCUGGCCAUAACCUUCAUAACUUUGGUUUGGUGAAAACUAGUUUUAGGUAAUUCUUCUUUUUCGUUAGAAAGAAUAAGACUCAAUGUUUAGCUUUCUUCCCAAAACUGUGUCCCCUUCCUCCUCAGUGAAAGCUUUUUUCUUCUGCUUGUUUUCUCCUCUAAGGCCAGUUAACAACAUUUAUUGAUCCCUGUUGUGGGUAGAGAAGUUUAUUGCCUCCACUAUUGCCUUUUCCCACAUGUUCAUUCCUUGCCUCCCCCUCUCUCUCAAGAUGUCACAAUAGCUCUCUUCACAACAAACUGGUUUUGCCGACUGUCUCCUUUACCAAGCGUGAUGCCCUUCUCCGGAGACUGGUCCCUCCCAUUAAUGUAUACUAACUAGCAUUCUUAUUUUCACAUUAUGUUUUAUUAUAGAUUGGUAGAACUCAAACGCUGCCUUAUUUUUUUAAUAUAAUUCCUUGAAAUUUCUCUGUUGAGAUAUUGAAGUAACUUCAGUUUUAAGAAAGCACAUUUACAUAUGACUAAGAACUUGUUUUCACCAUUAUAAUGUAUUCUGUGUUCCUCAGUUAAAAUAAUGUGAAAACUUUGUGAACAUAAAAAAAAAAAAUAUUGAGCAAUAAAUAUCAAAAUAUUUACUUUAAGGUCAUUGUUAAUGCUAUAAAAUGUGAAAUGUGAAUAAUUUUAAACAUAUCUCUUAUAGUGCGUAAGUGAUUGAUGAAAUGGAAAAUAGGAAUAAUGUCUGUUCUCUGUCAUUAACUUUUAAUGAUUUUUUUUUUUUUAUUGCAAGAUAUAUUUUGAAAUCCUCAAAGAUUCCAUGCAUGGAAUUUUUUUUUUCAAGUAAAAAUUAUGAUGAGUUAUUUCAGAACAGUGACAUAAGUUUCCUAAAUAACUAGAAUGAGCAAGUUGUCAUUUAGAAUUUAUCAUAAUGUAUAAAUGAAACACGCAUUUAUGAGAAUAUCAGCAUCAAAUUGUAUCUAAAUUUUUAUUGGAAUAAAUUUUAGUUUAAAAAUAAAAAUAAGCAUGGAUAUGACAUUUGCACAGAUAAACUACUUACAACAAAAGCACGCAGAAUAUUAGUAUGCAAAUUAAAGUAUCCAACAAAACAUAACAAAUAAUAGCAAGAUAUUUGUUUCUUCAGAUAUGUAAAUAUGCUUAUUUACUCAACUUCUAUCCCAAAGAGAGACACUUUAAAAUUAAUGUAGGCCACAAGAAAAAGACAAACAACCCAAUCAAAAAUGGACAAAGGGCUUGAAGAGAUAUUUCAACAAAGAAGAUAUACAAGUGGCUAGCAAGCGGAAUCGACUCGAUGACACUGGGUACUGGGUUAGCAAGUACAUGAAAAGAUGCUCAACUCCAUUAGUCAUUACCCACCCACCCACUGCCGCUGAAUUAGGGAGAUGUAAAUCAAAACCACAAUGAGAUAUCACUUCGAUUCCAACUGAUAGUGACUCUAUACAACAGAGUAGAACUACCCCAUAGGCUUUCCAAGGAGCAGCUUGUGAAUUCGAACUGCUGACCUUUUGGUUAGCAGCCCAGCUCUUUAACCACUGUGCCACCAAGGUUCUUCACACCCAGUAGGAUGGCUAUAAUAAAAUAAAUAUAAAUAAAAACAGAAAACAACAGGUGUUGGUCAAGAUGUGGAGCAGCUGGAACGCUUAUGCAUUACUUGUGGGAUUUUAAAAGGUACAGCAAUAGUUUGUCAAUUCCUCAAAAAGUUAAACAUAAAAUUAUCAUAUGAUCCAGUAAUUCCACUCCUAGGUAUAUACUCCAAAUAAUUGAAAGCAUGAAUGCAAUUAGGUACUUAUACACCAUUGUUCGUUGCAGCACUAUUAACAAUAGCCAAAAGGCGGAAACAGCCUAAAUGUCCAUUAACAGAUGGUUGGAUAAACAAAAGGUAGAACAUAAAUACAAUAGAAUAUUUAUCAGCCAUAAAGAGAAAUGAAGUCCUGAUACAUGCUACAACAUGAACUGUGAAAGCAUUAUGCUGAGUGAAGUCAGUCACAAAAGGACAAAUAUUGUAUGAUCCCACUUAUAUGACAUAACUAGAAAUAGGCGAGUGUAUAGAGACCAAGUUAAUUGGUGGUUACCAGGGGCAAAAAAGGAAGGAGGGGAAAGGAGCGUUCAAAGCUUAGGGAACAAUGAGCUUCUGUUAAGAAUGAUGGAAAAAUUUGAGAAUGGAUAAGGAUACUGGUUGAACCACAUGAUAAACAUAACUUAUGUCACUAAAUAGUGGUUAAGAGCUCGACUGCUAACCAAAAGGUCAGGAGUUCAAAUCUACCAGCUGCUUCUUGGAAACCCUAUGGGACAGUUCUACUCUGUCCUAUAGGGUCGCUAUGAGUUGGAAUCGACUCAAGAGCAAUGGGUUUAUUAUUUAAACCAUACAUGUCAAAAUAGCUGAAAUGGCAAAUGUUUUGUUAUGUAUGUAUUUACCACAAACUAACAAAAAAAAAAGAAAAAAAAGGAACAGAAACAGAACAGCUCCUUCUUUUGGGGGGAGGUGGGUACAAAAAUAAUACAGGCCAGUUUUUUCCACCUGAAAACAAUGCUCCCAGUAAGAAUAGACUCUUUGAUCCAGUAAUCCUUUCAUUUGGUAAUUUGUUCUAAGAGAAGAAUUUAAAAAUAAUAAUAAAUAAAUCUACACAAACACAAAAAUGUUCUUAGUAGCAUAAUUUUACUAGAAAAACUAGACACAUUCCAAGUUUGUGCCACAAAUAGAGAACUAUAUAAAUAAACUAGUUGGACUACAUGAAGAGCCUGGCAGCAGGACUGGAAGAAGACUCAUUAACAACCUGUGAUUUGCAAAUAACACAGCCUUGCUGGCUAAAAAUGAUGACAACUUGAAGCACUUAUGGAGGAAGGUCAAACACUACAGCCUUCAAUAUGGAUUAUACCUGAAUGUGAAGAAAGCAAGAAUCCUCACAACUGAGCCAAUAAACAACAUCAGGAUAAAUAAAGAAGAAAUUGGAGUUUGUCAAGGAUUUUAUUUUAUUCUGUGUGGAUCAGCAAUCAACAUCCAUGGUAGCAACAGUCACAAAAUUAAAUGAAUUACCGCACUGGGCAAAUCUGCCGAAAAAGAUCUUUAAGGUCCUAAAAAGCUAAGAUGUCACUUUGAUGAUUAAGAUGCACCUGGCCCAAGCUAUGGUCUUUAAAAUUGCUUUAUAUGCAUGAGAAAGCUGGACAACAAAAAAGGAAAACAGAAGAACAAUUUAUGCAUUUGAUCGUGGUCUUGGCAAAGAAUAGUGAAUAUACUGUGGACUGCUAGAAGAACAAACAAAUCAUUUAGAAGAAAUACAACUAGAAUGUUCCUUAGAAAGAGGAUGGUGAGACUUUGGCUCUCUUACUCUGAACACAACAUUAGGAAAAAACAGUCAACAGCAAAUGGCAUCACGGUUGGUAAAAUAGAGGGUAGGCAAAUGCGAGGGCGGCCCUCAGUGAGAUGGAGUGAAACAGUGGCCAAAACAAUGGACACAGAUAUAGCAACACUCAUGAAGAUGGUACAGGACUGGGUAACAUUUUAUUCUGUUACACAAAAGGUCUGCAUGAGUCAGACCCUACUCGAUAGCAACUAGCAACAACAAUAAAUAAGCUAUCUCACUAAACAUUGAAAAUUACAAGUAUAACGAUGAUUUUAUUUAUAUAUUUUAUAGUUUACAAAGUUUUUACAAUAUCUUAUUUGAAGAUUGUGGCUACAAAAAUAAUUCUUAGAAAACAUUACAAAGUGAAAUAGUGAAGCAAAACAUAUAUGAACUAUAACUAUAACCAUAUAAAACUCUACAUAUGGAUAAAGAUUGUAAUAUACAUAUUUAAAAAAUAAAAACCAAGCCAGUUGCCACCGAGUUGAUUCCAAUUCAUGACAACCCCAAGGCUGUGACCUUUCACAAGCAGAUUUUCAGGCCUUUCUUCCGAGGCGCCUCUGUGUGGCUUCGAGCCGCCAGCCUUUUGGUUAAUAGUUGAGCACCUAACUGUUUGCGCCAUGGAGGAAGUCACUAAUAUACAUAUACUAUAUUCUUGAGUAUGUAUGUAUAUACUAUUCAGAUGAGGGGACUAUAAGUACAAUUUCCUUUAAUAUUAAAAUGUUUAAAUUAAAAAGAAACCUAUCCUAAAAGUAAAUUCCUAAAAUUUGACCAGACAACAUGAUAUGACUAUUUCCCUUGAAUAGAAUAAACUGAGACAUAGUUUUGUCUUUUGUCAUGAUAGAAUCUAAUGUAUAAAGCAGAUUUUUACCAUUGUUUUUAUGUGAUUGCAUAAAUUAUGAAUUUUUCAUUUUUUUUUUUCUUAGUCAAGAUGAAAUGUAGUAGAAUGAAUGGCUCAUUCCAUAAAAAUCAAAUUUCAGCAUACUCCAACUUUAUCAGCUUCUAGAACUAACUCUGGAGCUCUAACACUAGCCCAGUUGUAGAGCAGGAACAAUGUCAGGGCAGAGAUUGGUUUAGUUACAGUCAAAAAGAAAAUAGAACAUAUGUAUUUAUUCUUUUCCUUAAAAGAGUUUAUUGGACAUUAUUGUUUUGAAAGUAUCUUAUCUUUAUAUUACCGAGCCCUCAGCUCCAUAAUUUCUGAAGAACAUAGUAAAGUCCUAAUUUCAUUUGUGUUAACUACCUGUUAAGGAGCAAAACCCGUACCCUUUGAAAUAUAUCUCUGUUCAGCUAACAAAGCUUUUUCUCUAUAGAAACAUGUUAGAAAAAUUUAUUUCAAUUUAAAAAGAAAAGCAAUGACUUAACUGGAAAUCCUGGUAGUGUAGUGAUUAAGUGCUAUGGCUGCUAACCAAAAGGUCAGCAGUUGGAAUCCACCAGGUGCUCCUUGGAAACUCUAUGGGGCAGUUCUACUCUGUCCUAUAGGGUCACUAUUGAAAUGAAAAAUACUCAAUUUAUGUGAAUUUGGACCUGUUAUAUUUCUAGACCCUCAAAUGUUUGCUUAUUCGUUUUUCAAAAAAAAAAAAAAGUAAACCAAAUGGAAUGAAUUUUAAGCUGAGUCCAAAUAUUCUGCCUGAACGCAAACCUUUUGGGCUCACCAUGUCUAUCCAAAGGAGUAUGCAGAUUGAGGACUCAAGACUGCCGUGUAAUUAAUAGACUGAUAAGUUUGUUUAUUUUCUUAUAAUCCCAAGUCCUCUACCACCCAGCACCUGGCUAUGUUAGAAGGACACAUGGAACAUAAGCAAAAGUGCGAAUAAGUCCAGGUAGCACCAGCAAUGUGAUCUCUUCCCUGCCUGCCCGGGUCACCCCCAGACAAAUUCAUGUUGCCCUUCCAGUAGCGGUGUCUCUGAAAUAUGUGCUAAAACAAGAUAAUUUUUUUAAAAGACAGUCAUGAGUAUACUGUCAGUUCAUCAUUCCCGUUUUAGAAAUGAACAGUUAAUCCAAGCCUGUGAUGAUGUAUUUAUGAAUGUCUAUCAUGCUACUUAGGUUUGUAUCAUCUCCAUUCUCUCUGUAUUUGGGUUUAUACACAUGCACACACAAGCACACACAGCAUUUCCCGUCUCUCUUUUAGGUACUCUAAAAAUCAGUGAAGCCAAAACGUGUGCUCAGACAUGUUAUUGCUAUUAGUAUGAUCAUGUGCAAUGUGCAACUAGAAGCAACUAGAAUUGUUUAAUGUGCACCCAUAGAUACUUUUAAAGCACAUUGCACAUGAUCAUACUAAUAGCAAUAACAUGUCUGAGCACACGUUUUUCUAUUUGCAAGAUUAUAAGCAUGGUGAAUGAGUUUUGUCAAGAAAUCUUUUCAAAAUGAUCUCUAACAUCAUGAACUGGAGUUACUUUUUUUUUUUUUAAUUACGUUGUAGUAAUGAUCAUUGCAGAACAUUUAGAAAACGUAAAGAAGAUUAAGAAAAUAAAAUUUCUUAUAAUUUCACUAACAAUAAAAACUAUUAAAAUUAUAAUGCAUAUUUCCCAGAUUUUUUGUACUAGUAAAUAUUCAUUACAAAAUUCAGAUCACAUUGCACACACUAUUUUUUAGUAUGCUUUAUUCACCAUCAUAAAAUAUCUUAAAAAUCCUAGCACAUCCCUCUAAACUCAGUCCUAAUAGUACCAUGGCAUGUGGAUGUACCACAACUGGGGGGACAUUGAUGCUGCUAUUUUGGAAGGUUUUAUCUUCAGGGAUCCACUUGUUGGAAAACAGCAGCAUCCGUGGUCCCUGUGUGGCACAGGCUUCCUGAAGGAGCCCUUAACGCCCUGCCCUGGUAGAAUAGUCGCUGAGGCCAUAAUCACCUUGUUCAGGCUGCCAAGCAACUGAGAGCCUUUCCUGUGACCCAUCUGGCUGUAAUGUCUUGUCACGCCUUGAGAUGGUGACAAUUAUACAGCAGGUCUGUAUUUUUGCAAGGGUUUAUUUCAAGUAUGUUUAGCAAUUCCUAAUGUAUAACUUAAAGAAUAGCUUUAAAUGGCCAGGAAUUCUUUUCCCUGUGUUCGUAAAGAGAAAACCAUGAGAUUUUUUUCUUUCUUCAUACUCAUAAGUAUUUCUUUUUCUAAAACCACUUGAAUGCAUUUAGGAAAAUUUCAUACUCACAAAAUUUGAGUAAAGCUGGGCAGUGGCUCUUUACAUCCUGGGGAUAGAAAAGGUACUGAUAAAUACAUCUUUUUGCACCUAGAAAAAGUUACCGUCCAGUAGAAAAACAAAAUUAUGUCUAAAAACACAAAAAAUUAUGACUUCUCAGGAAGUGUUCAAUUUUCUGGUUUUAGCUAUACAGUCCAUUUCCUAUAAUAGGUUAAGAAAUGUCAUAUCCAUGUCAGUAAAAAUCCAUGUAAAAUGGUUGAAAUGCUAAAAGUUUACACAUUUUCGAUUACAUUAAAAUUCGGCUAACUUACAUUCAAUGUUUCAGCAGUAUUUGUUCUCCACGGCUAAUAGGUAUUAUCAUUAGGAGUUGUUUCUAGGCCUGAGAAAAGGAGGCAAAAAAAGGGAGGGGAGAUAGAAAUGUAUUACAAAAAGACUUUCUCAGCUUAUGGACUAGAAACAACUUCAUCCUGCUCACCUAUGAACCCAGUUCCACCCUGAGUGGGAAGAUUGUAAGAAUUUCAUGCUAGUGUAAUUAUAGUGGAAAGACUGUAAGAAUUUCAGGCUACCGUAAAGUCAGUGGAAAGACUAAGAAUUUCAGGCUAGUGUAAAUUUAAACACUACCACUAGGUAACAUCAAGAAGGUGUUUUGAAAGCUAGCAAAAGCCAAAUGGAAAACCAAAGGAACUUACUUUCUUAACUGAUUACAAAUGUUGACCUAUGCAUUCUUCUUCAUACUUUUAAAUUUCAAUGCGAGUUUAUUGUCAAUAUAUGAUGCUGAAAUCAAUAUAUCAAAAUUCGAGAAAAGAAAUGAGGACGCUGAGAAAAACAGAGAAAGGAGGCAAUGUGCUCUUAUUUUUUGCUGUGGUUAUCACACCCAGGAAAGCUCCAGCCAUUGUGUUUGAAAAACAAAAUACCUCAGUGGGGCAGUAUAAUAAUUUGAAGAGAAUGCCAAAAAGUCUGUUUCCAAUUUGAUUACUUCUGAGUUGAGAGAUAAUUGAAGGCUUUGCUAGUCCAUUUCAUCUUGCUAAAAGAUCACUCAAUAGUUUCCGAAAAAAAAAAUUUUUUUCAUAAUUCUGACUGUGGUUGUUUCUUCCUUCUUUCCUCAUUCAGAAACAAAAUUGGUUUGUGAGUGAGCGAUAGCUAUUUCCUUUGCCACGUUACGUUAUAGGUCACUCUAGGCUUCAUGAUAGACUGUUGCUGCUGUUGUUAGCUGCCCUAUAGUCAGCCCCAUAUAUGCAGAGUAGAGCUAUUCCAUAGGGUUUUCUUGGCUAUAAUUGUGUGUGUGUGUGUGUGUGUGUGUGUGUGUGCUUUAGAUGAAAGUUUAUAGCUCAAGCUAACUUUUCAUUCAAAAAUUUAUAUAGGUAUUGUUUUGUGACAUUGGCUGCAAUCCUUACAAUGUGACAGCACACUCCCCCUUUCGACCCUGGGUUCCCUGUGUCCGUUCAACCCGCUCCUGUCCCUUCCUGCCUUCUCAUCCUGCUUUUGGACAGGAGCUGCCCCUUUGAUCACAUAUCUGACUGAACUAAGAAGCACGCUCCUCACGUGUGUUAUUUUUUGUGUUAUAGUUCUGUCUAAUCUUUGUCUGAAGAGUGGGCUUCAGGAAUGGUUUCAGUUCUGGGUUUCUUGGCUAUAAUCUUCAGGGAAGCAGAUCACCAGACUUUUCUUUCACAGAGCCACUGUGUGGGUUUCAGCUGCCAACUUUUGGGUUAUCAGCCAGUUGCAGACUGCUACCAGUACCUGGGCUUCUUCAUAGUAGAUUAACUUUUUUUUUUUUAACUUAUUAUAUAUGAUGUCAUUAGAAUAGGUGAGUUGUAGUGAUCUUCAGAACGAGUCGUCUGAGCCAAAAUAGCCAUGAAAUGAACAUCAGACAGCUAAAGGCUCCCAUGUUCUUUUAAGAAAUUUGUUUGUUGUUUGGGAGCCCCGGUGGUGUAGUUGUUAACCGUUUGGCUGCUAACGAAAAGGUCAGCAGUUUCAAUCCACCACCCACUCCUUGGAAACCCUAUGGGACAGUUCUGCUCUGCCCUGUAGGGUUGCUAUGGGUUGGAGUUGACUUGCUGGCAAUGGGUUUUUUGGUUUUUUGAUUUGUUGUUUAAGAUACUGAUAGCAUUCUGUUUUUUUUUUUUUCCAUUCAGAAUUCAACUUGAAAAACUUUGAGCUAAAAAGCACCUGUGCAUACUAUUUUCCUCCACUGUUUAUUCUGAUGUAUUUAAUUUAGUCAGUGGCCCAGUUUUAUUUCUCUCUAAUAAAAAUAUCUUAAACGAACUGAUUCUGUUUGCAAGACUUUCAAAUCUAUAAUUUUCUUUCUAAGGCUAGAUUUUGGGAUGAUGAGAAGGCUGGUUUUGUGAAGGGAUUUUGGAUCGUGUCCUGGGCAGAUGGAAGUUUUCAAAGCAAGGGGAAGGUAUAAUCAGCCAGUGGUGUUCUCCAAAAAAGAUUGCAAAAAAGUGGAAGACAGGGUUUGGAGGCAGGAGCAGCUUACCUUGCGUUGAAGAUUUGGUAUGAUUUGAGCUGCUGGUUUGUGGAAACAAUUUAAAGGUCUCUUCUGCAGCUGGGAAUGACAAAGGGGAGAGCAGGAACAUUGCUGUGUGGGGCUGUGGUCCAGACUCUCCCUCUAACAUUCCAGUAAAAUUGAUAGAAAGAGCCUGGCAUUUUAUUACCGACCCAGAGGUCUGAAAAUGGUGACUCUUCUACUACACUCCAAACUGAAGUUGAAAAAAAUCUUUUCUGCUGCAUUUAAGUUCAAGAGAGUGCUUUGCUUUCUUGUAGGCAUUCCUAGGGUUUGGUAAUUUAAGAAAUUUUAAAUCAAAUAUUGUAUCAGGUUGUAUUUUGAAGAGCAGAGUAAUAUUCUAUUAUAGAGAAAGACCUUUGAAUUCAUUUCAAUUUAAAGACAAGCAGGACCAAACGAAAAGAAGAAUGAUUGGUGUGUAUUAACAAAAAUUAAUCUUCUUCCACAGCUUCCAACAACUUCAACUUCAUUGGUUAAAUUUUAUAUGUGUGUGUGUGUAUUUCUAAAAAUCUCUGCAUUCUUUAUAAAACUGAACUUGCCUAGUAAAAUAUCCUCAGGUUUUCUUGAUAAUUUGCAUUCUUGAUUUCCCUUCCCCCACUGUAUGAAAACCAGACGUCAAUCCCUUUCUCUUUCUGAGCAAAGUUAUAAGUUAACUAGUGCACUCAGCACAUGGGACUCCAGCCAAUGCAGACCUUGACUGGAAUUCUAACUCCAGCCCUUACUCAUAACCACUGUGCCACCAGGCUCCUCUCAUAACUGCACACAGUUUAAUUAUUCUCAUCUGUGAAAUGGGAAUAUUAACAGCUACCUCAUAGAAUUAUUAUGAGGAUUACGUAACUGAGAUAAUUUUCAUAAAAUUCCUAGCCCUGUGUGUCUCAUAAGACAGGUUUUGGCACUGUUAAUUUCUUUCCAGUUCUCCGCCUGUCUCUUCCACAUCACCCUCCCACAGCCUAACCUUUAAAUAAUGCAUACGUAAUUGUAGGCACAUUAGCAUGAUGCCCAGGUUCAUUUGUUACUGGAUUAACUCAGCAGUGAACUUGGCAUUCCAUCUCUAACCUUUCCCCUUCAUUGAUCCCCACUGAUACCCUCUUGAACACAUGAGACACCAGGACACCAUGUGAACUGUGAAGCCCGCCAGGCACGUGAGCGUUUCUAUCAGCAUUUCGGCUGGCUUGGUUCUGCCUCAAAGACCAGCCAGCACUCAUGUUGCUCACAAUUAACUGGCUCUGACCAUGUGGUCACUGUCUUCAAGGUCCCCCGCAUGGAGGAUAGCAGCUCAAUAAAAUUUUAAACCCUAUUUAUAGCCCAUUUAAAGCAAAUACAAUCCUGUGAAGCCCAAGGAGUCCUUGAGAACACAGAAAGUAACUCACUAGCCCCAGUACUAACCAGGGCAAUUAGAAGGAAGAAAAAUGCAGUAAGAAUAUUUUUUCCAGCACUCUACAAUUUACAAAGCACUUUCUCAAAAACAUUGUCCUGUUUCUCUCUCACACCAACCCAAGCGGUAGACAAAGUAGAUGCUAGUAAGAAAUACCCGUUUUAUAGAUUAGGAAACUGAGACAUAGAAGGUUAGAUAAUUUGCUCAAGUUAAAGAGCUGGUGAACACUGAUGGUUGGGAAUGGGGAAAAAGGGAAGUAGCUCAAGGAUGAGAACAGUUUCCUGUUAAUGAAAUUAAUCUAAACUUAAAAAAAAAAACCAUUGCCGUCGAGUCGAUUCCAACUCACAGCAACCAGAUAGGACAGAGUAGAACUGCCCCAUAGAGUUUCCAAGGAGCACCUGGUGGAUUUGAACUGCCAACCUUCUGGUUAGCAGGCAUAGCACUGAACCACUACACCACCAGGGUUUCCAUCUAAAUUUAGUAAACAUUAAUUUACCUUUAAGAAAAACUACACAAUGCAUUUGCGAACAUAAAUAUUGUUCCUUCUCCACUUCUGAUAAGAAAAUCAAAAUAUGAGAAUUAAAAACCUAUAGAAACUCUACAGGGAAACAUGUUUAUAUGUGUUUAUAAUAUAUGCAUUCAGGGUGACUACAUUUUAUACGAGAAAUACCUUCUUGAAAACCUCCCAAAAUUAAAAUGUACAUAAGUCAAGAUGAAUCUUGAUAAAAAUGGCAGGAAUUUUUACCUGAAAUUUUAACUGCUUCUCCCAGCCAGCUCUGAAAUAAAUACAUCUUUCCUUUUUUUUUUUUUCAUAUAGGGGUUUACAUAUUUCCAGUAUGUGCACAUAAAGCAAGACUUAAUUAAUAUGAAUUAGUUUGUGGCCCAGAAACUACUUUGCUCUUAAAGAAAUGAUUUUAGUUUUGGCAAAUACGUUAAUUUUCUAAGACUCUUCUUUAAGGCUUGUUACCAGGAAAGGGUGAGUAAAAACUUUUUGGCUUGAGAAGUCUGUCUGGGCAAUUAGAAUAGUUACACUGAAGACUGUGUCUGUGUGUAUGAGAGAGAGAGGGAGAGAGAGAGAGAGACUCACACACACACACACACACACACACACACAGAGAGAGGGAGAGGGAGACAGAGUUGCUUAGUGAGUGCCCCUGGGUAAGCAGAUUGGCUCGGUGCCAUUUUGGGAUUCUUAGAUUUACGGCUUCCCUGACCUCCUAUUGUCCCAGCUCUGAUUUAUGUAGUCCAGAAUCUCUUGAAAAGCAAGGUCCGUGGAAUUUAGGGUCUUUCCUUGACAGCCCUCCUCUUCCCACUGCACUCUUUUUUGCCUGUGCUCACCUUGUGGUGACCUUGCAGGUCUCAGCGUUUUUACCUGAGCUCAGUAGCUGGAAGCCCACUAGCGCUGGGGAGAGAGCCGGUGGUUUCCAUUCCUGGGCAAUGGAGUCAUGGGAGAAACUGCCGCGAACAGAGUAGGACCCGAAUCAGGCUUGAAUGUGCUUUAAGCGGCUCAGGACAGAGCAGCUGCUCUGCCGACCAGCCCGCAGUGCAGCCUGCAGUUGUCACUGACCACUGAAGUGUGUGUUUGUGCAAGGUGAGGGCUGGUGCUUUCUCGUUAAUUUGGAGACAAAUUGCCAGGAGGCGAUCGAGAUCGGAUGACAGCAAAUCAUGAAAGCUACCUCCUCAUGGCGAGCACCCAGAAUGAUAUGGAAGACUGGGUGAAGUCCAUCCGCCGAGUUAUAUGGGGACCUUUUGGGGGAGGUAUUUUUGGACAGAAACUGGAAGACACUGUCCGUUACGAGAAGAGAUAUGGGAACCGCCUGGCUCCCAUGUUGGUGGAGCAGUGUGUGGACUUUAUCCGGCAAAGAGGGCUGAAAGAAGAAGGUCUCUUUCGGCUGCCAGGCCAGGCUAACCUCGUUAAGGAGCUCCAGGAUGCCUUUGACUGUGGAGAAAAGCCGUCAUUUGACAGCAACACAGAUGUACACACAGUGGCAUCACUUCUUAAACUGUAUCUCCGGGAACUUCCAGAACCCGUUAUUCCUUAUGCGAAGUAUGAAGAUUUUUUGUCUUGUGCCAAACUGCUCAGCAAAGACGAAGAAGCAGGCGUUAAGGAAUUAGCAAAGCAGGUGAAGAGCUUGCCAAUGGUCAAUUACAACCUCCUCAAGUAUAUUUGCAGGUUCUUGGAUGAAGUACAGUCCUAUUCAGGAGUUAACAAAAUGAGUGUACAGAACUUAGCAACUGUCUUUGGUCCUAAUAUCCUACGCCCCAAAGUGGAAGACCCUUUGACCAUCAUGGAGGGCACUGUGGUGGUACAGCAGUUGAUGUCAAUGAUGAUUAGCAAACACGAUCGCCUCUUCCCCAAAGAUGCAGAAUUACAAAGCAAGCCCCAAGAUGGAGUGAGCAACAACAACAAUGAAAUUCAGAAGAAAGCAACCAUGGGUCAGUUACAGAACAAGGAGAAUAAUAAUUCCAAGGACAGCCCUGGUAGGCAAUGCUCGUGGGACAAGUCAGAGUCUCCCCAGAAAAGUGGCGUUGACAAUGGAUCUCCCACAACUCUAUCAGGCAGCAAAACAAACAGCCCACGGAACAGCAUCCACAAGCUGGAUGUCUCUAGGAGCCCCCCUCUAAUGGUCAAAAAGAACCCAGCCUUUAAUAAGGGCAGUGGGAUAGUCACAAAUGGGUCCUUCAGCAGCAGUAGUGCAGAAGGUCUAGAGAAAAGCCAAACCACCCCCAAUGGGACUUUACAGGCCAGAAGGACCUCUUCACUGAAGGGGCCUGGUACCAAGAUGGGCACCCACAGUGUGCAGAAUGGAACAGUGCGCAUGGGCAUUUUGAACACCGACACUCUUGGAAACCCCACGAAUGGUCGCAGCAUGAGCUGGCUGCCCAACGGCUACGUGACCCUGAGGGAUAACAAGCAGAAAGAGCAAGCAGGAGAGUCAGGCCAGCACAACAGGCUCUCUACCUAUGACAACGUCCAUCAACAGUUCUCCAUGAUGAACCUUGAUGACAAACAGAGUGUUGAUAGUGCCACUUGGUCUACUUCUUCUUGUGAAAUCUCCCUCCCUGAGAACUCCAAUUCCUGUCGCUCUUCCACCACUACCUGCCCAGAACAAGACUUUUACAGUGGGAAUUUUGAGGACCCUGUUUUAGAUGGUGCCCCACAGGACGACCUUUCCCACACUGGAGACUAUGAAAACAAAAGUGACCGGAGAAGUGUGGGAGGUCGAAGUAGUCGUGCCACCAGCAGCAGUGACAACAGUGAGACAUUUGUUGGUAACAACACCAGCAACCACAGUGCACUGCACAGUUUAGUUUCAAGCCUGAAACAGGAAAUGACCAAACAGAAGAUAGAGUAUGAGUCCAGGAUCAAGAGCUUAGAACAGCGAAACUUGACUUUGGAAACAGAAAUGAUGAGCCUACACGAUGAACUGGAUCAAGAAAGGAAAAAGUUCACAAUGAUAGAGAUCAAGAUGCGAAAUGCUGAGCGAGCAAAAGAAGAUGCAGAGAAAAGAAAUGACAUGCUACAGAAAGAAAUGGAGCAGUUUUUUUCCACGUUUGGAGAGCUGACAGUGGAACCCAGGAGAAGUGAGAGAGGAAACACAAUAUGGAUCCAGUGAACCUGGUUUCUCCCGCUCUCUCCAAUGGCUGUGGGAAGGACUCUGGGAAUUCUGGUGGAAUAGUAUAUGGGAACAGGUGGCUGGUCACCUGACUGUACAAUGCUUUAAGUGGUGAAAGAAUAUUAUUUACAAACAUUAACCAUCCACAUUUGCAAUGUGUACCAAAGUUAUAUUGUGCCCCAUAAUGCUACUGUCAAGUGUUACAACUGGAUAUGUGUAUAUAGAGUAGUUUUUAAAAAGUAAACUAAAAAUGAGAAGCAUAUCUCCAGAAUUAUUUUAUUGCAAGUCUUGUAUUUAAACUGUUAAAUCAAUAAGUUGUUGCAAUUUAGCUUGCUUUCAAGCUUCACCCCUUGCACUUAACAUAAGCUAUUUUUGGCAUUGUGUUAUCAUCCGCUUAUUUUAUAGAUCGAUAUUUUUAUUUCCCCUUUUGCUGAGGAAAUGAAGAUAAGCAGAAAUAUAAAUAUAUAUGAAUAUAUAUAUAAUAUGAGCUAUUAAAAUCGAAAGAAUACUUUGUGGCUGUGCUGUUUGUGCCAAUAGACCUUGCCUGUGACCAAAAAAAGAAAUGUAAAUAGUUUUAUAAAAUAUGGUAAAAUCACCAGGGACCUUUGAGCUGCUCUUUAAAUUCUUCCCUUGGCACUGCUCAGUUUUUCCUUGUGAGAUGAUUUGAUACAGGAAAUUGGGGACUGUGUAAAUGCCCUCCCCUUAUCUGCUUGCCAGGAGAUGCAUAUUUCCUAUGCAGGCUACACCUUAAAGGGAAUUAAAGAAAAAAAAAGCUAAAAAAAAAAAAAAAAGCAUUUAACCAGUCAUGCCUUGAACUACUCUGUCCUCCUGGACUGAAUCUCUGUAACGGCUGGAUGGUGAUCACAGGCAUUCUUCCUGCUGUUUGGAAGUUGGGAAACACUGUGUGCUGCAGUGUGCCCACGUGAGCACCUGCCCCCACUCUCGCCUCUCCCCACCACCGAUUGCACUUUGGAAAGCUGGCAGUGAGAUGGUAUUACUGUGCCUCUCUCAGUUAAACUGCUAGAAUGUGUGCCAGUAAAGUGACAUUUUUCUCUCCCUCAAGCUGUUUCGUUGUCGUCUGGGAUUCCUCUUUGCACCUACAGCUGGCAAAGGCAGUUUGCAGCAAGAGGGGAAUGUUGGGGGAAAGAAAACCUGGAUGGAAAAGGGCAUGCGUUUGGAAGAAACAAAAUAUAACUUUGCUUCUAAUUUUGACAAUAAUGUCCUUCCUCGUUGAAAACAUAUUCAUUCUCAGUACUUUAAAACUUGAUUGCUUAAAGGUCCGAUUUUGACAGGACUUGUGCAUUUCCGUGAUGAUAAUUUUGUAGAAAAGUCCGAGGCUUGCUGGAGCUAGAGUUUUGGGAGGACAAUUCUUCACACUUCGGUAAAACAAUGAUAUUGAAAGUCAGUCAUUUAAAUCUUUCCCACAUGCGAACAGAAAGUCACAAAAGGCAUCAUCAGAAAUAAAGACUACUUGAGUUUAUGGGA